AUGCCAUCAAUCACUGCCGUACAAAAUUCGUGUCUCAUGACACUCAACAAUUUGUUAUCUGUCCCUAGAAGAUGGCAGCCAAUUGUCCCAGACAGGCGCCAUUCGAUGCCAGCUUCUAUGCACUUCGAACGGACGCCGCAAUCAUACUCCGCGCUCGAGACGCUUGUGUUAAAUCUCAGAAAUCAUGAUGGUGGGGAGAUACCCCGCAAAGUCCUGGAUGACCACACAGCUCUCCUAGAAGAACUUAGGGAUCGAGUCGAUGCCCUGGCGCCUUCUAUGAACAGACAGGAUGCACAUUUUGCACAAGUCAUAGUAUCACUCCUUUUGGACUUGGACCAGUUGCCUGCAGUUUCUCCCCCUUUGGAUUUAGCCCUUCAAGCAUCUUCAUCCACUUCUCCUGACCUUGUCGUUCGAUAUCCCGCUGAUCUGUUAAGUACCCUGAAAAAGCAGCUUGGCGAUCUGCAGUUGGAAGGGAGGGCAAGGGCAAACACUCUCUCCCCGCAAUCCCCAGUACAAACUGUACAAACUGCGCUCCUUUGGUCCAAGAUUGAACGAAAACUAGAAGCUGUAACGGCACUUUGUAAAGAUCGCGCCGAUUCCCACCGUUCCCCCUCCUUAGAUCACCUCCCCCCACAAUAUGACCAUGCAGGCCACGACUUCGAGACACCCCCAGAAUACGAUGCUGAGUAUCAAUCAUCUUCCGAGAAGGCUGGCAUACAGCCACCACGGUCGAUACCAUCUCCCAGCAUCCCCAACGAAAAAUUGCGCAUGGAUUUUGAUGCCGUGAUGCUGGCAAUCGAGCGCCUGUAUAUCGUUGCACCCCAGCUACACAACCAACGAGUGGAAUUGAAGAGCGCCAAGCUCGCCCAAAUGGAGCGUGCACGGCUUGAAGGUCCUAAAGUCCAGCCUUCUUUAUCUAAGGGCAAGCAGAAAGCUCAUGACCGGGAUAUGCGCGACCUUGACCAUAUGCUUGAGCUCAUCCGGAAAGCGUCAGACCGCAAGUUGACUGAUCAAUCGGUUGUCAUGGAUAGCACACGAAUGAUCAGGUUCAGGCAAGCAAGGCAGGAGUACGAAAAUCAGCGAGGUGCAUUCGUCGACCAUCUUAUCCAACGCUCGGGAGCCGGGCGAUUGCAUGACCAAGAUGCCAUCCUGCAGCCCAAAGUUAGAGCACUGGAUGAACUUGUCACGCUCCCUGAGUUCAUUCGCGAAUCAAUGUCGGGUAUCCCAUCCGAGUCGCGCCAACAUAAAUCCCCUUCUGGAGAUGCACCCGAGGAGCCGGUUCCUGACGUUUCGGCAAUGACUCACAAAAAGUUACGCAGUCGAAGCAUAUCUGCCCCACAAUGGUUACGCCCUGCAGCGGAAUUUAGCCGACGGCUGUCUAAGAGCACCAGCAGACCGGGCUCGUCCCACGGGCUUAUCCAAUCUGGAACCGAAGAUUUUGCAGGGAGCAUUGCACUCAAUGUUUCAUAUGUCGCCGAAUAUCACGAGACCUUGAGACAUGUCCUGGUCUUCGUAGCAGUAUCAGGCAUUCCCGUUGACACAGAACUACAGGCUGAAGUGUUGCCAACGUCAUCCAGUGGGACAGAAGGUGAUUGGUUGGUGAUUAGGAGUUCUUGGGCCUCCUCGCCUCCACUAAGCUUACCUGUCCAAGUCACCCCUGGAAAGAAAGAUGUUCAAAUUCGCCAAGGACACUACGAGCUCAAACUUGGGAUUGCGAACCCACAGACGGCGAGGUCCUCUUCAUCCGAUGAACCUACCCCGUUGAUGUCUGCUGAACAACUCCUAUCAUCGAAGCCAACAUCCUGGUCCUGCAUAUCUUGCUCGCUCCCCCUCGUCCAUUACCCAAAGUUGUUCAAAUACCGUGACCUCCCAUCAGAAUAUUGGGAAGAACUUGUCGAUGCCUGGAUGUGCCAUGCAGACCAAACACUACAUAAUCACACCGCGAAGCAUGGACGUGGUUUCUGGCCAGAGGAUAGCGAGGCUCUGGUUGGAGGUGGCUAUAUUCUCUUCCAGCAAUCGGCAAUAGUAUCCAACAACGUCUCCUGCACCGAACAGCCCCUGCGAGAUGGAGAGUCGUGGCUGGCACGAUGUAUAUGCGGCGCAAUAAUUGGUCGGCGGCAUGAGCGACACGACCCAGACGGCACAGCUUCAGGGAUGUACCGUUUGUUCAAGUAUGCGGUGCGGCCAGUGAGCCAAACAGCGGAAAUUCCCCGAUUUCCAAUGUCUGCAUUCAUCAUGCAAGAUAUGCUCGAGCAUGUGUCUGCUCAUGCAACGUACCGCUUUGUUAUCUCUGAUGAAGAAGAGGAGCGGCCGCGAAUUUUGGUAUGGCUGUUCAAGCCGAGGAUUCGAGUUUCGUAUAUGCUGCCUACGUCAUACCUUAUUCCGAAACAGGGUUCCAUCGACGCGUCAAAAGUGUUGUACAAAAUUUUGGGGCCGUCGUCGUCAACGAUGGCUUUGAAAGACCUACUGUCUCGAUACCCCGGAUUUCCUCAAGCAGAGCACCUCUUCUAUCCAAUCGACGUUUGUCGCAAGCUCGCAGGGCUAUUGACGGAGAGCACCCAUUCGUAUCCAGAGAACGUGAAGACAAUGACGGGCUUGCACGUUGGCUGGUUAAAUCGCGGAUCCUGA